AUGUGUCGGGUAGCAAUAGUUGUUUUCACCAAAAAUUAUGCUGAAUCUGCUUGGUGUCUUCAUGAGCUUCAACAAAUCAUCAAAUGGCAUGAAACUUAUUGCCGACAUGUUCUGCCCGUAUAUUACGAAAUUCAGCCAUCUGAUGUACGUCUUCAGAAGGGUGAUUUUGGAAACGCCUUGAAGGCAACUGCACAACAAACAUUUUCAGGACAACAAGCGGAAGAUGCCUUGUCCAGGUGGAGCCGCGCACUCACCAAAGCAGCAAAUUUGUUUGGGUGGGAUGAGAGCAAUUACAGGAGUGAUGCUGAGCUAGUGGACAAAAUUGUUAAGAACAUCCUUUAUUUACCAAUUUUGUCUGCUACUAAAUUUCCAGUUGGAUUACAAUCCCACGUGGAAAAUGUGAUGCGAAUGAUUGAAAAUAAAUCCACCGAAGUCAGUGUCAUAGGGAUAUGGGGAGAGGGAGGAUUGGGUAAAACCACCCUUGUCAAAGCCGUCUACAACCAAAUUCAAGGUACAUUCAUGUAUAAAAGUUUCAUUGAAGAUGUUACAGAAAUUUGUCAAAGAGGGCAUGUUCAUUUCCAAGAAAAACUUAUUUCACAUGUCCUCAAAACAAAGGUCGAGAUAAAGAGCCAUGCGAUGGACAAAACGACAAUUCAAGAAAGAUUUUCUGGGAAACGGGUGCUCAUUGUACUUAAUGAUGCCAAUCCAUUUCACCCGUUGGAAUACCUAUGUCGAAAUAGUAAAUGGUUUGGUCAGGGAACUGUGAUAAUAAUUUCAACGUCAGACGUUAGCCUAUUGGACGAAUCCAGUGUUAAAUAUAUCUAUAAAAUGAGUAAUAUGAACGAAAAUGAUUCCCUUGAGCUUUUUAGUUGGCAUGCUUUUAGAGAAGAAAAACCAAUAGAAGAUUUCAAUGAACUUGCAAGAGAUGUAGUUGCUUAUUGUGGAGGACUACCACUAGUUCUUGAGGUACUUGGUUCUUAUUUAAGUGAGAGGACAAAGAAAGAGUGGAAAAGUGUUUUGUCAAAACUAAAACUAAUUCCCAGUGAUCAAGUUAAAGAGAAAUUGAGAAUAAGUUUUGACGGUUUGCGCGGUGGGAUGGAAAAGGAUAUAUUUCUUGAUGUAUGUUGCUUCUUUAUUGGUAAAGACAGAGGCUAUGUUACAGAGAUACUAAAUGGUUGUGGACUAGAUGCUGAUACUGGAAUUGCAGUUCUCAUAGAGCGUAGCCUCCUCAAAGUUGAAAAGAGUAAUAAACUCGGCGUACAUCAUUUGCUACGAGAGAUGGGAAGAGAGAUUAUUCAUAGAAGUUCAACAAAGGAACGUCAGAACCGCAACCGACUGUUUACUGACGAUGCAAGAUUUGUACUGACAGAGAAUAAUGGAACAGAAGCCAUUCAAGGAUUGAUUCUCAAGUUACCAUUAGCAAUGACAUCUUGGUUGGAAAUUUGUGCUUUCCAGAACAAGCAGAUAUUGAGAGUGCCGGAUCUUGACUCUCUAUUAUUCACUGGAGAUUAUCCAAACCUUUCUAAGCAACUGAGUAAUCUUCGACGAGUCUGGAAACAACCACGGGUUUUAGGGUUAAAAUUCCUCAAUCUAAGUCACACCAGGUACUUGACAGAAACACCUGACUUUUCAAGACUACCAAGUCUUGAACAGCUCAUUCUCAAAGAUUGUCCAAGUUUGUGCAAGAUUCACAUUUUGGAAAAAGAUAUAGUGAAGAUAGAAUCCUUGAUAACACUAAUUGCUGAAAAUAAAGCAGUGAAACAAGUUCCCCUUUCAAUUGUAAGCUCAAAAUGCAUUGGAUAUGUAUCCCUACGUGGAUUUGAAGGAUUGUCACACAAAAUUUAUCCUUCUAUCAUUCGGUCUUGGAUCUCACACAAUAUUAGGCCGUUUAGCACGCAUAUGGAGAAUAAUAAUUGGCGUGACCUUUCGCCAUUGUUUAGCAGCCUUGCAAAUCUUCGAAGUGUUUUGGUUCAAUGUGACACAGAGUUUCAACUAUCUAAGCAAGUAAGAACAACACUUGUCGAAUGCGGUGCAAAUGUUACAAAAUUAAGAACUUCAGAGCAUCACUUGAGGUUUUCUUUGAUUGGUGUUGGAAGUUACAAUGAAUUCUUCAACACUCUAAGCGAUAGCAUACAUGAGGGAUUGGCAAGGAGUGAAUCUUCUUAUGUUUGUCUUCCAGGUAACAACCAUCCUCAUUGGUUGGCCCAUGUGGGUGAAGGACAUUCAGUUUGUUUCACUAUGCCUCAGGACUGUGACGUAAAGGGAAUGGCUUUGUGUGUUGUUUAUUUAUCAACCCCUGACAACUUGGCAACUGAAUGUCUUACAAGUGUCUUAAUUGUUAACUACACAAAGUGCACAUUCCACAUACACAAGCAUGGCACAGUAAUUUCCUUUGAUGACAGAGAUUGGGAGGGCAUAAUGUCAAAUUUAGGAUCUGGAGACAAGGUGGAGAUUUUUGUGACUCUUGCUCAUGGAUUGGUUGUCAAGAACACAGCUGUGUAUCUGAUAUAUGGUGAUCCAAAUGAGUUGGAAAUGGAGGCUUGCCAUCAGCCAAAUAAAAAUGUCCUCCAUCAAUUCUUAAAAGAAAUUGUAACGUGUGACUUCAAGUAA